UUUUCCCCGCUCUUAGUCAAGAUGAUGAUCCGAUCCAAGUCGUUCGUCAAGAAGACGCGCAAGGGAAAUGUGGUCAAGAUUGUUCGAGAGCACUACCUGCGAGACGACGUCUGGUGUGGUGCUGCAGGUUGCGCUGUCUGUGCGCAAAGUCACGACGCCUCGCUGGAAUCCAGCCCAUCCAAUGCAAACGCCUUCUUUUGUGCGACAAGCAGCAAAGGCAACAGCAAGGCAAAGGCUUCAACUUUGGCUUCAGCUUCAGCUUCCUCGGCGCUGCCUGCGCAUUACAUUCUGCCCGACACGAAUGUCGUGUUGCACCAAAUGGACCUGCUCGAGCAUCCCACCAUUAAAAAUGUCAUCAUCCUCCAGACUGUACUCGACGAGGUGCGCCAUCAAAACCUCAGUCUGCACCAACGACUUCGUGCCAUCAUCAGCGAUCCCGGCCGUCACUUCCACGUCUUUGUGAACGAACAUCGACGUGAAACGUACGUUGAGCGCGAAAAGGACGAGUCUACCAACGACCGAAACGAUCGGGCGAUUCGCGUUGCGGCACUGUGGUACAACCACCACCUGAGCAACCUCCGCCUCCCCGUUGUGCUUCUCACAAACGACCGAGCCAAUCUCGCCAAAGCCGAAGACAGCGGCAUCCCUGCGUUCACCGUUCAUCGCUACAUUGAGUCAUGCCGCGCGCAACCCGAGUUGACCGAUCUGCUCGCGUUCGCAGAUCUGGACGACGAUACGCCGGCCCGCGCUGCAGGCAUGCGCGCCAAUUACCCAGAACACCUCACCACGGCCAAGCUUUUGACCGGAGUCAAACUGGGGUUGUACUACCAAGGCGUCUUGCAAGUGAAUCGCGACAACCCGCUGGAAGCUUCAGUCCGCGCGCGCUCGAUGGACACGCCCAUCCUGGUGCACGGUCGGCUAGCAAUGAGCCGUGCGAUGCAGGACGACGUGGUCAUUGUGAAACUACUGCCUCAAAGUCAGUGGCUCACACCCUCCACGCAAUUGCUGGAGGACGAGAGUGCGGAGGCGGACGACGCGGCCGCCGAAAUGCCCGAUGACGAACAGAGCGAGAGCGACGAAGAUGAGCCCGACGACGCCGAAAGCGCUGCCUUGGACGCAGAGGCCAUUGCUUCGACUGUGGCCGACGAGCAGGCUGCUGUGGCCGAAGCCGUAGACAGCGCUGUGGUCGGGUCCUCCAGUGAUGCGCGCCGACCUACCGGUAUUGUUGUGGGCAUCCUCCGCAGAGCAUGGCGGCCCUCGUGCGGUAUGGUCAUUCCUGUCGAGAGCGACAGCAACGGCCCUUCCUCCGACAACGGUCCCACGCAACUGUUAUUUGUUCCAACGGAUACCCGUUUCCCACACGUUCGUGUCCAAACACGUCGUCCCCAAGCCUAUCUUGAGCAGCGCGUAGUGGUGACGAUUGAUCGCUGGCAUCGUGGUUCUAGAUUGCCAGAAGGCCACCUGGUUCGUGCACUUGGCCCGAUUGGCGAAAAGAUGACCGAGACUGAAGUGCUGCUGGUCGAGCACGAGGUCCGGCACUCGGAUUUCUCACCAGCCGUCUUGGCGGACCUGCCAGUGCUGCCGUGGGUGAUUACAGAGGCGGAUCGAGCGGCGCGACGAGACUUUACACACCUCGAUAUUUGCUCCGUCGAUCCUCCUGGCUGCACAGACAUUGACGAUGCGCUCCACGUGCGACCCCUCGAGAACGGCAACUGGGAAGUCGGCGUGCAUAUUGCGGAUGUGUCGCACUUUAUCAAGCCCAACACUGCCAUCGACUUGGAGGCUGCUCGUCGCGGCACAAGUGUGUACUUGAUUGGGCGUCGUAUUGACAUGAUUCCCGAGCUGUUGGGAACGGAAUUGUGCUCCUUGCAAUCGGACGUGGAGCGGUUUGCCAUGUCUGUCGUCUGGGAAAUUACGCCCCCGGGCAAGCCCGAUCCCGUUGACGGUGCCUGCCGCACGGGCGCCGAGAUUGUCCGCACCGAGUACUGCCGCUCCAUCAUUCGCUCGCGUGCCUCGCUGACCUACAUGCAAGCACAGACAAUGAUUGAUGACCAGACCCGUCGCGAUCCGCUCAGCCAUGGUCUUCGUGGACUGAACGAGCUUUCCAAAGUGCUGCGUCAGCGCCGUCUGGAUCGCGGCACCCUCACCCUCGAGUCUCCCGAGAUUUCGUUCUCGCUCGACAAGGACACGAGCGAUCCCGUCGACGUGGGUGCCAAGCAAAAGCUGCAGACCAUGUCGAUGGUCGAGGAGUUUAUGCUCCUGGCCAACGUCGCCGUCGCCGAGCACAUCUUUCGCCGUUUCCCGCAGUGCGCUGUGCUUCGCCGUCACCCCGUGCCGCCACAAGCGUCGUUCGAGCCUCUGGUUGUUGCUGCGCGCCAGCACGGCGUCGAAAUCAAGGCGAGCAACUCGAAAGAGCUUGCCGAGUCGCUCGACCGCGCCGAAGAGUCGUUCGGCAAGGCUGGAAAGCCCUACCUUGGCAAACUGCUCCGCAUUCUGGCCACCCGCUGCAUGAUGCAGGCAGUCUAUUUCUGCUCCGGCACACUGCCGACCCGCGAGCACCAACACUACGGCCUUGCUUGCCCCAUUUACACACACUUUACCUCACCCAUCCGUCGGUACCCAGACGUGCUCGUGCAUCGCCUACUUGCGGUUGCGAUUGGUCUCGAAACACCCACGCGCGAGCUUCUGGAUAAGCCCAAAGUGUCGGCGCUCACGGACUGGCUGAAUCGCCGCCAUCGAAUGGCGCAGUACGCUCAGCGGUCGUCCGUCGAGCUCCACACCAUUCUCUUCUUUAAGCGCCUGGGUGUUGCUGAGGAAGACGCUCACGUCCUCCGCCUCCGUGACAACGCCAUUGUUGUUCUCAUCCCAAAGUUCGGCUUGGAGGGCACCGUCCACCUGAGCGACUAUGACUCGGCCAAUAUUGAGCUGAGCCGCGAUGGCUACAAGCUCACCAUCCACGACGCUGUGAAAAAGCGCGACCACGUGUUUACCGUGUUUGAUCGGGUCCGCGUGCGGGUCACCAUUGACGCCACGAACUUGCAAAAGCAAAAGGUCAGCAUGCGCCUGCUCGACCCUUUCAUCACCAACCUGUCUGUGGAAGCCACGGCAGUUGACAAGAAACCUGCAGUAGGAAAGGCGAAAGAGACCUCGACCGAAGAGGCCCUCCAGCAGGUCGUGGAUGCAGCUCUCGCUGAGCAAAGCAAAGCCGCGGCCCAAGACCAGUGGGCCAAAACUCGCGAGGAGCGUUUGCGUGUGGCGCGCAUUGCUGCCGCGGCUGCCAAAGCUGCCAAGCAAGCAAAGCAACCCACGAUGGGUCCCAUUCAAGUGAUGGGUGCUGCCAACCUGCCAGAGCCGGGCAACAAGCGCAUCUCAAAGCUGCCGCAGCUUGCUGCAGAAUCUUCCACACCGGCGCGAGCUGUGAAAGCCGAAACGAUUGGCGCUGCCCCGUCGACGCCGCAGACAAAGUCGGCUCAAGCGCCAACAACUCCAGCGACGAGCGCUUCCCGAGGCCGCACUGCCGCGGAAGCAGACCUUGAUGCUGCGGUUGAAACUCCUAAAUCUGCCAAGUCUGCCAAGAAGCCGCGUUUGACCAAGUAGACGCGCGCGUUUUCUGCAAGUGUGCUUUGAUUUUGUACUUUCAUCUAAUGUAAUUUUUGGAA